AUGAAUUUUGCAAGAAAGAGUUUGAAUAUUAAUGUCGGUGAUGUUGCCCAAUUGACAAAGAGAUUCGGUGAGAAUGAAGUGAGAACGUUUGCAGAGUUGUCUGGUGACUUCAACCCAAUACACCUCAACAAAGAGUAUGCCGCCACCACAAGAUUCAAAAAGCCAAUCAUUCACGGAAUUUUAGUUAGUUCAAUGUUAUCUUCAGCAGUUGCAACUCAAUUACCUGGACCUGGUAGUAUUUAUAUAAAACAAGAGUUGAACUUCCUGAAACCAGCAUAUGUUGGUAAUGAGAUCAGAGCAGAGGUCAAAGUCGAAAGCAUCAAAGGCCAAAAGGUAACGUUGGACACCAAGUGUAUAGCGAUAUGUCAUGAAACAGGCAAGGAGACAGUUGUCAUAAGUGGACCAGCAAUAGUGUAUCAUCCAGAUAUUGAUCCUACCAAAAAUAAUUAG